GAACCGUGUGACGAGAGACAAGAAUAUUGCGCAUAUUAUGUGGGAAACGAGACUGAAGGCUGCCAGUUUCCAUUCAGGUGUUUACAACUUUAUAUCUUGUUUCUGUUUGUGUUCAUUCGCGUUCAAGUUUAAUAUUGUUUAUAACAAUUAAUCGUCACAAUGAGGUCUUGUAUGAUUUUGACUUUAUGUUUAGUUUUAUCAAUUCUGGUUACUACAUCGAGAGCAGCAUCAACAAUUUGUAUCAAAACCAGUAAAGAUUGCAUUAGAAGCACAGAAUGCUGCACAGGAUGUUGCCACAAUAAUAAAUGCGUUGAAAAAAGCGAAUCAUGUCUUGUUGAUUUGGAAAAAAUUGGAGCUGGAAAUGGUGCAUUGCAAUGCAGUCCACAAUGUCGUCGAGGUCAAACAUGUCAAUUGCAGCAAGUACAAUGUAUUCGCGCGCCAUGCCCACCAAUUCCAACUUGCAUUUCCGACGAUUAUCGAGAUUAUGAUAAUUAAUGUAUGUUCUGUCAUUUUCUAUACGAAUGUGAGAAAGCAAAGUUUUUUACAUGUAAAAAAGAAGAAAGAAAAAGUAUGCAAAUAUAUACAGUUUCAUACAUAUAUUAACAAAA